AUGGCGAUGCAGAGGCUGUGGGGCCUCUUACCCGGCUUGUUGUUGGGCCUACAGCCUGGCCGCCGCCUCCUCAACCCCCUCCAGUGCCCGCCCUGCUGCUCUCCCGCCGCCGGGCGGCAGUGGAGGGGGUCGCAGGUCCACGGAGGCGGCCAAGCGGGCCAGAGCCAGGGCCAGAGCCAGGGCCAGAGCCAGGGCCGCCAGAACUGCCCGAGUAAAUGUGAGGAUGGCAUCAACAGCCAGAUCAACCUGGAGCUCACCGCCUCCUACGUCUACCUGUCCAUGUCGUACUACUUUGACCGGGAUGAUGUUGCUUUGAAAAACUUCGCUAAGUUUUACUUGGAGCAGUCGCUUGAGGAACAGGAACAUGCUGCAAAGCUGAUGAAGUUUCAGAAUCAGCGUGGAGGCCGCAUCAUCCUGAAGGACAUCAAGAAACCCCACCGGGAUGAAUGGGGCAACGGCUUGGAGGCUAUGGAGCAUGCCCUGCAGCUGGAGAAAGCUGUGAACCAAUGUCUCCUGGACCUGCACAAACUGGCAUCUGAACAGAACGAUCCUAUUCUGUGCGAAUUCCUGGAGUCAAACUACUUGAAUGAACAAAUUGAGGCCAUUAAGAAGCUUGGAGAUCAUAUUACCAACUUGAAGCGAUUGGGUGCUCCUGAGAAUGGCAUGGGAGAGUACCUGUUCGACAAGCACACCCUGGGGGAGAGCAGUUAGUGAUGGGUUACAUUUAGCCACCUUGGCUCAUUAGGGUACGGCUUGCAUCUGUUAAGUCUGCCUUUCCUCGUUUUCCGCAAGCUCAUCAUCCUGACUGGCCAGAAAGGGUUCCAUUGUUCAAUGGGGCUGUAAACCUUGCUGUCCCAUGUGUUAAGUUAUAGCACCGUUAUUACCAGAAUGGUUGUGGUAAAUGCAGUGUGGCAUUAAAGUGAAUCCCUUGCGGUGACAAUAACCCAUUGGACAAGCUCUCUGGAAAGAACACACUUUGCAAUCUGUUCCCAAAUAAAAGCUGUUAAACCUUUA